AUGGAUGAAAUUGAAAAGAAUGACUCAAUCUUCAAACAAAGAUUGAUCAUGUCACCAGAAAUAUCAAAAUGUGAACAGUACGAUGAAUUAUUAUGCGAAAUAAACGCGAUUCCAAUUCAACAGAUAAUGAACUUUGUAUUAACAAAGUUUGAUCACCAAGAAUCGCGAUACUUAUUUGCAAUGAUUAUCAUAUUUUCAGAAAUAAGACCUCAUUUCAUUGCUCAAUAUGCAAAUCUUUGGGUUGAACUCAGUAAAAAGCGACAAUGCACAUUUUCAGCUGACAACAUAUAUCAUGAGAAUCCUACAUUAUUGCGACACAUAUUAAACGCAGGAGGUUACUUUGAAGACCCUGAUUUCGAACAUUUUUCAAAAAUGAAUAUACCAGAAGACUAUGCAAGUAACAGUUUAGAAUACAUACUUAAAUACGAUCUUGUCAAUAUACUUUCAAAGCUUGCAACUCAAAGUCAAAUGUCAUUAAAAGGAUACGUCACUACAAACAACUCAGACUUUUUCUUAAGUCGUCAAGAGAUGCCUACAUUAGCAUUUGCUGCUUUAUACGGUGCAGAAAACUGUUUUAAUUUAUUAUUAAAAUAUAAACCACAAGUUACGAUGGAAACAUGCGAAAUGGCCGCACGAGGUGGUAACAUUAACAUCAUUAAUCAAUGUGCCAAAGAAGGAGGCACUUUCGAGAAAGGUGCAGAAUUCUCAUCUUUAUGUCAUCAUUACGAAGCUUUUGAUCUCUUUAUGUCUGGUAAAUUCGGUGACCAGAAGUCUUCCGUAUGCAAUAGCGCUCGAUCUAUGAAUAUUGCCGUUGUUUUUUACUUAGUAAACCAUGGUGGAGAUGUAAAUGAAAAAGACAAUAGAUUGAUGUCACCUUUACACUAUGCAUGUAAGCAUUCAUCGCUUCCUAUUGCACGUAUUCUAUUGGAGCAUGGCUCGUUAGUUAAUAUGCAGGAUUCGAUGAAGAAAACACCUCUUAUUUACGCUUGCGCAGCUGGUUCUGUUGAAUGUGUCACUUUUUUAAUUGAAAAAGGUGCUGAUGUAAAUAUCAGUGAUGAAAUGUGGAAAACGCCAUUGCAUUAUGCUGCUCUUUCCAACUGUUUCAAGAUUGCUGAUUUAUUGAUUAAUGCAGGAGCGAAAAUCGAUUCAGCGACUGAACAUUUAGGAGAUACUCCACUUCAUUGUGCAUGCUCUGUUGGUAGUAUUGAUAUUGCUUUGUACUUGAUACAAUGCGGGGCAAAGAUAGAUGAAAGAUGCGAAUAUGUUGGCAGAACAGAGUAUAUUAGUGGUGUUACACCUCUUCAUGUUUGUUGUCUCCAUAAAUAUACGAGAUUGGCUGAAGAAUUGAUUAAAAAAGGAGCAAAUUUAGAAGCAAAAGCUGAAAAUAGAAUGAGAGCAAUACAUAUUGCAUGCAAAUCUAAUAAUAUUGAGUUAAUUAAGUUAUUAGUUAGCUAUAAAUGUAAUUUAAAUGUUAGUGAUGAAACAUGUAUGAGACCAAUUCAUUAUGCAUGCUUAAAAGGUGCUUUAGAUAUUGUUAAGUAUCUUUUCUCUUUAGGUGUAGAUGCUUUGGCUAAAGGACAAGGCGGAAAUACUUGUUUACACUUUGCAUGCAUGUCUGAUAAUGAUGAACUUGUUCAGUUUCUUUUGGAGAAAGGUUUAAAUCCGAAUGUUUCUUCUUCAUCAGGAAAAUAUCCAUUACACAUUGCUUGUGAACGUGACAAAUAUAAUAUGUGCGUUGCACUAAUUAUGGCUGGUUCCGAACUUAAUCCAGAAGACGCUGAACAUAAUCAUCCUUUUGCUUAUGCAAAUUCUUAUGAAAUUCAAAAAUUAAUUAUUAAUCAACAAAAUGCAACUAAAUGUGAAAUUUAG